UGCCCUUUCCUCCCAAACUGGUUGUGCAGGAGCGGGCGUGAGUGGGGUGUGGGCACGCGAGGGUGCAUGCGCACAGCCCCGGGGCCGCUGGCCCGCCCCACCUGCAGGGAGGGGCCGCACAAAAACCGCCCGCCUAGCGCCCGGCCGCCCCACCUCGCCAGAGCCCAGCUGAGCGGCCAGCGAGGACUCACACCUGCUGCCUGCCCCCCGCCUGCCAUCACCGGCCAAGCCCAGCCCCAGCCCGCACCUGCCUUCACGACCAUGUUCAAGGGGCUGAGCAAAGGCUCCCAGGGGAAGGGGUCCCCCAAGGCCUCCCUGGCCAAAGGCUCCCCCAAGGGGUCCCCCAACAAGCACAGCCGAGCUGCCACCAAGGAGCUGGCCCUGCUCAUCUCUCGCAUGCAGGCCAAAGCCGACCAGGUGGAGAGGGACAUCCUGGAGACCCAGAAGAAGCUGCAGCAGGACCGGCAGCACAGCCAGCAGAGCCAGGCCCUGCAGCACCGGGAGGAGGUAGGCCGGAGCCUGAGGGAGGCUGAGGAGCUGCUGAAGGACCUCUUCCUGGACGUGGACAAGGCCCGGCGGCUCAAGCACCUGCAGGCCGAGGAGAUCGAGAAGGACAUCAAGCAGCUGCACGAGCGGGUGACCCAGGAGUGUUCUGAGUACCGCGCCCUGUAUGAGAGGAUGGCGCUGCCGCCUGGCGUGGGGCCCAGGGUCGGCUGGGCACGGGUGCUGGAGCAGAAGCAGAAGCAGGUCUGUGAGGGCCAGUACGGGCCGGGCAUGGCGGAGCUGGAGCAGCAGAUCGCCGAGCACAACAUCCUGGAGAAGGAGAUCGAAGCCUAUGGGCAGCAGCUGUGGGGCCUCACAGGGCCGGACGCGGCCAGCCUCCAGAGCCAAUACCAGGAUCUCCUGAAGGCAGCCUCGUGGCGAGGGCAGAGCCUAGACAGCCUGUACACGCACCUGCAGGGCUGCACGCGCCAGCUGAGCGCCCUGGCCCAGCAGCAGCAGCGCAUCCUGCAGCAGGACUGGAGCGACCUCAUGGCAGACCCCGUGGGCGUGCGGAGGGAGUACGAGCACUUCAGGCAGCACGAGCUGCUGAGCCAGGAGCAGUGCGUGAACCAGCUGGAGCAUGACGGGCAGUGCAUGGUGGAGCUCGGGCACCCGGCCGUGGGGCCCAUCCGGGCCCACCAGGAGGCCCUGAAGUUGGAGUGGCAGAACUUCCUGAACCUGUGCAUCUGCCAGGAGAGCCAU